GUUCUUGUCCCUGUAAUCAGAAAGCAGAGAUAGAGAUAGAGAUAGAGAUAGAGAUGAAGAAGAAAAUGGAAAGUAGCAGCAGCGAUAAAAGAGAGCUAUUUAUUCUGAUAGUAUACGCCAUCGCCUUCUACUCUUUCGUCAUCCAACGAUCCCUUCGUCUCUCCACUGAUUAUCACUCCCAACUCUACGGCUUACGCUCAGCCUCACCCUGGCUCUCCAAAUUCACUCAUCGUUCCAAUGAUAUGUCAGAUGCGCAAUGGAGGAACUUUCGAGCGAAUUUACCGAUUCUUACAAUCGUUUUUGCGAUUUUGGGUUUGGCCGCCAAUGCAUUCAGAGCCUGUUUUCGAUUCAAAGCCAGAGGAAUGUCUUUCCUUUGGCUUUUCAUUUCUUUCAUUUACCUUACUUAUUUGCACGGAGCUUGCAUUGUGUUCAUCUUAGCAAUCGCUUUGCUUAAUUAUCUUCUAGUUAAGAUAUUUGCACGAAAGAAGUACUUCUUACUUGUACUCUGGAGUUUUAAUAUCUUUUUUCUUAUAUGCAACCGCGUUUAUGAAGGAUAUUCAUUCUCCAUAAUAGGGCAACAGUGGGCUUACUUGGACAACUUCCGAGGCACCUUUAGAUGGCAUAUUUGCUUUAACUUUGUUGUUUUGCGCAUGAUAAGCUUUGGAUAUGAUUACCAUUGGGCAGAUCAAGAUUCUUGUUUUGAUCAAGAGAAGCAUGUUCAGCGUUGCCAUAUUUGUAAGUCAGGAAAAACUUGCUACCAACUUUUACAGGAGAGAAGUGUCCAGGGUGACAAGUAUUCCUUAAGUAUAUACAUUUGUUACUUGGUAUAUGCUCCCCUCUACCUUGCUGGGCCAAUUAUAAGCUUCAAUGCAUUUGCUUCACAGCUAGAUGUACCUCAGAAUAAUUAUUCAGUCAGAGAUGCGACUUGGUAUGGUUUGCGUUGGGUAUUCAGUCUUCUCCUAAUGGAGCUAAUGACACAUCUCUUUCAUUACAAUGCCUUUGCAAUCAGUGGCUUGUGGAAACAGUUAUCUCCUACGGAUGUGUUCAUCAUCGGAUAUGGGGUCUUAAACUUCAUGUGGCUGAAGUUUUUUCUUAUCUGGCGCUAUUUUCGGUUUUGGUCACUGAUAUGUGGCAUUGAGGCCCCAGAGAAUAUGCCAAGGUGUAUUAAUAAUUGCCAUAACUUGGAAGGAUUUUGGAAAAACUGGCAUGCUUCCUACAACAAAUGGCUUGUGAGGUAUAUGUACAUUCCUCUAGGGGGAUCUCAGAAGAAGCUACUGAACGUAUGGGUUAUAUUCACAUUUGUUGCAAUAUGGCAUGAUUUAGAAUGGAAGCUUCUUUCUUGGGCGUGGUUAACAUGUUUGUUCUUUAUUCCGGAAAUGAUACUGAAAUCAACAGCAAAUGCGUUGCAGGUUGAGAGUGCUUUGGGGCAGUUUGUCUUUCGUGAACUUAGUGCUGUUGCUGGUGCUGUCACAAUCACUUGUCUCAUGGUUGCAAACCUUGUUGGUUAUGUUAUUGGACCAUCAGGCAUUAAUUGGUUGGUAUCUCAAUUCCUUCAAAAAGAAGGACUGCCUGUUCUAGGUGGUAUGUUUGUGACAUUUUAUGUAGGGACUAAGCUUAUGUUCCACAUUGAUGAUGCCAAGCAAAGAAAGUACAGAAAUGGCCUGUGAAGGAAUCAUUGUGUAGCCACGUUGCUGAUUGCCAAUAUGUAGAUUUUAUGGGGGGUCAAAAUCCAGUAUUAGAAAUUCUGAAUGAUGUUGACAUCGCCAAUGUUAUUGGUUUGGGAGAGUAUUUUGCAUUCACUUUGAGGACCUCGGUUCAUUAUUUUGUUAUGCGUUUAGGCAUUUUAGUUGACAGCAGCAGCCAUUCAUUGUUGUACAGGAAGAAAAUUGGCGAUCCCCUCCCCCUUAAAAAGUAGCAAGGAUAACAAUGCAAUUUUGAUUGUUAUCAUGUGGCAUAUCAUGCCUCUCUAUUUGUCUUCGAGGGCACAUUUGUGUACCAUAGGAUCAAUUAAGAAGCUCAUCACAAGGUUAUUAUA